CAUGUACACGCAACAAAACACUCCGAACAUCUCAAGUACUUGAACGUCCCAAAUUCCAAGCCGUUCCCUCAACAAGGCUCCUAGCAAACACUAAAACUCCAAAAUGGCGAUCUCAUCCCUCACCAACACCCUAAUAUCCGCCUCCCUCAUACCCUCCCCCAUCAUCCCAGCCAACUUCACCCCCUCCUACACCCUCAACAUCUCCUUCCCCUCCAAAUCGCCAUCAAAUGGCUCCCUAGUCCGCGUCAGUGACGUCAAAGAGAAGCCCAACGUAACCUUUUCUGCGACCUCAGACUCCGCCUCAGCGCAAUCCUUCACAUUCUUCCUCAUCGACCCGGAUGCGCCAACCCCUGAUGAUCCAAAAUUCGCAUACUGGCGCCACUGGGUCGUUACCAACAUCCCCUCAACCGCCAAGGAGAUCAGUGAAGGCAAGACGCUGACGCAGUACCUUGCGCCCGGACCGAAGGACGAGAGUGGACCGCAUCGUUAUCUGUUUCUGCUAUUCAAGGAGCCGGAGGGUUUCAGUAUUGAGAAGAGUGAUGUUGGGGGUGAGGAGUUCGUGGAUCGCAGGAGUUUUGAGGCAAGGAAGUUUGCGGAGAGGUAUGGGUUGGAGCUUGUGGGUGUGCAGUGGAUGAGGGGCGUUGGUGAUGGGUGGAAUGGCGGGAAAGAUGAGUUGUAGGGGCUAUGGGGGUGGAGUUGGCAUGAAUAUGAAUCGAUACGAGUCUAUGCACGAGGCGUGUUAACCAAUGGACGUCACGUGAUCAUUGCGCUGAUGCAAGUCGCUUGACGUAUCCACUUGCCUGUGGCUCAAUGCAAGUGCCAAGUGUAUGUUAAAUGCAACGUUG